UGGGUGUCUUCUGUGCAGCGGCUCCCCGAUGAAGGUUGCAGCGCCUCUCCUGCUUCCUUUUGCUCCGUUGCCGUGGUAACUCCCAGAGAGCGUCGGCUGCUUUGUAGCAGAUGGAGAGGAAGAUGGAGGAGAACACUGUUAGCGAUGUCGACGCUGGCCGUGAAGCUGGGGGAGAGGAUGCCUUGGUGGGCAACGUAAACAAGCUGAUGGUGAGCCCACCAGGAUACUCAGGAACUCCACGAAAAGGACAUCUGGUUUUUGAUGCAUGCUUUGAAAGUGGGAACCUGGGUCGUGUUGACUACAUCAGUGAGUUUGAAUUUGAUCUCUUCAUCCGGCCUGACACCUGCAACCCCCGAUUCAGAGUGUGGUUUAACUUCACUGUGGAGAAUGUCCGAGAGACACAGAGGGUCAUUUUCAAUGUGGUCAACUUCUCCAAGACAAAGAGCCUGUACAGAGACGGCAUGUCCCCUGUAGUGAAGUCUACCAGCAGGCCAAAAUGGCAAAGGCUUCCUGCCAAAAAUGUGUACUACUACCGCUGCCCUGACCACCGACGCAACUAUGUCAUGUCUUUUGCUUUUUGCUUUGACCGAGAGGACGACGUGUAUCAGUUUGCCUACUGCUACCCCUACACCUACUCGAGACUGCAGCAUUACCUGGCCAGCUUGGAGCGCAGGAACCUGCCUUACCUGCAGAGGGAACAACUGGGACUCAGUGUGCAACAAAGGCGUCUAGACCUGUUAACCAUCACCAACUCUGACCACAUGAGUGCAGAACGGGAGAAGAAGCUGGUCUUUCUCACCGCCCGCGUUCACCCCGGAGAGUCUCCCGCCUCAUUUAUUUGUCAAGGUGUGAUUGACUUCCUGGUGAGCCACCACCCUGUUGCUCAGAUCCUGAGAGAUCAUGUGAUCUUCAAGAUAGUCCCCAUGCUAAAUCCCGACGGAGUCUACCUGGGCAAUUACAGGUGUUCUCUGAUGGGCUUCGACCUGAAUCGACACUGGCAGGAUCCCUCUCCGUGGGCCCACCCCACACUGCACGCUGUGAAACAACUCAUAGUGCAGAUGAACCAAGACCCGAGAGUCAGUUUGGAGUUCUACAUUGAUGUUCAUGCCCACUCCACUAUGCUGAACGGCUUUAUGUAUGGCAACGUGUUUGAGGACGAGGAGCGCGUCCAGAGACAGGCUGUCUUCCCCCGACUGCUGUGCCAAAACGCGCCAGACUUCUCCUUUUCCAACACUUCCUUUAACCGUGACGUGGUGAAGGCCGGUACCGGUAGGCGUUUCCUUGGCGGUCUUCUCGACGACACGUCCUACUGCUACACUCUCGAGGUGUCCUUCUACAGCUACAUGACAGCUGGCAGCACUGCUCCUGUUCCCUACACUGAGGAGACCUACAUGAAGUUGGGCAGGAAUGUGGCUCGAACCUUCCUGGAUUACUACAAACUCAAUAACUUCGUUAAGGACAACAGACCAACUCCUAUUCAAAGUUCUGGGGUGAUGUCCCAGACAGGCAAUGGUGUUGGCAGAGACACAGCAGACAGAAAGAAGGAGAAGAGCGAAAGUGUCGGGCACUAGACAGCCAGCCAGACGGACACAGGCUGAGCAUGUAUAAAAUGCAGAGCACUGUGGCAGGAGAAUCCUUCACACUUCAUUGUGUUUAUAAGCUCCACAUCUCCCUGGCUAUAAAGACUUAUUUUCACAGAUUUGUAACAGUGGGAUGACUGGUACUUGUAGGACUAAACCCAGAAGAGGCUUCCUCCUGGGUUAUAAAGCAUGGACUGUUGAAUACCAA